GUACUCUACUCUGCUGCUGCUGCUGCUGCCUCCUUUUCAACACAUGAAGAUGUCUACACAAGAUUCAUCUGGCGGAGGUUAUAUUGAACAGGUAACUACUGUUACCAGUUCUAUCGCAGGUUACCUCAAAUUUCCUGUCCUUGUGUCUUCGGGUAUAACUUUGUUACUAAGUUCUCUUCUUUACUUCAAGCAAAAGUCCUUGAUCUAUCCAAGUUCCAUCCCAAAUGCCGCCCGCACCCAAGUUCCACGACCCUCACAAUUCGGCAUCUCGGAUUUCGAGGAGUUGAUGAUCCCUACACCUGAUGGGGAAAAGCUUUCAGCCUUCUACAUUCGAGCACCGCUGGCGAGGAAAAGAAAGAAUGUCACAGUCCUCAUGUUUCACGGCAAUGCUGGGAAUAUUGGUCAUCGAAUACCGAUCGCGAGACGACUCAUAAACGUUGUGGGAUGUAGUGUCUUGAUGUUGGAAUACCGGGGUUAUGGUCUCUCGACGGGAUCACCGGACGAGAAAGGUCUCAUGAUAGAUGCUCAGACUGGUUUCGAGUAUCUUCGCAAACGAGCAGAGACGAGAGAUAAUGAUAUUGUCAUCUACGGUCAAAGUCUUGGGGGUGCGGUAUCAAUACAACUAGCAGCCAAAAAUCAACACGACAAAAGACUAGUGGGUCUAGUUUUGGAAAAUACUUUUCUGUCCAUGAGAAAAUUGAUCCCAUCUGUUCUUCCACCAGCCAGAUAUCUCGCCUAUCUAUGCCAUCAAGUCUGGCCAUCAGACACAUACCUACCUACCAUUACCGAAGUCCCCAUUCUCUUCCUUAGCGGUCUCCUGGAUGAGCUUGUACCACCUAGCCACAUGCGUCGUCUCUUCGAGAUCUGCCAAUCCCCCACCAAAGUAUGGAAACCUCUCCCGGGCGGUGACCACAAUUCGAGCGCGGUCGAGAUUGGAUAUUUCGAAGCCAUCGCCGAUUUCGUCGGUAACCUAGACACAAAACAAGGUUAACACCAUCCACCGUAACUCCACACCAGGGAGCACGAUCCAACAUUCAAAUCUUUCUAGCAUGCAUUGCGUUGCGUUCCAGCACAAAAUUAAUAUAGCAUUUGGCGAGGCGUUGGGUGCAUUCCGGAUACUCCUUUUGAUCAAGCGAGACCUAGACCUUCACUUCACUUGUGAUAUCCGUAUGAGCGAUGUAUGGAUAUCUACGAAAAGUUUUUUUUUCUAGAAUGGAGAAGAUUUGGUGCAAGAGUAGAGCGAACGAAAAAUUACAUACACUUUAUUAUUACGAGAUUCUAUAUCAUGAUAGGCAUAGAGAGAUGCAGUCAAGAACAAGGGGGACCACGCGCUUUUGAGAAGCCGGUUUUGCAUCCUACGAGUACAUUCUUUCUACGUUUGAUGUUCUACUGUUCAUAUAUAUGACAAGACACGCCACGCAAAUCACACA